AGCCGAGCUGGUCCAAGCCACUGGUCGACGCGAGCGCACGCGCUCUGCGACGGUCGCCAGGAGCCUUGGGGCGCGCCGGCCAUCACCGGGGAUGCUGGCACCGCCGCCUUCAGAGGAGCUUCGCACAGCAUGCAGCGGCGGGCCGCCGUUCCACGACGAUUCGACGAGCGGAGGCGACAAGAGCCCUGGAUGUGCCGAUUCCACACCGAACCAGAAGUUCUCCAGUCUGGAGCCUGACGACCACGGUGACAAGGCCGAGCCUGGGCUGCCGGACGUGUAUCCUCGCCUCUGCGCGGCUGGUCCCCAGGAGAGCAAGGGCAGCGUAUGGCAUCCCGAAGAGUGCAACCCGUGCGCCUUCUACUGCUUCGCGGCGCGAGGCUGCCGCCACGGCAGCGACUGCAGCUUCUGCCACCUCCUGCACGAGUCCAAGCUGCAGCGGCGGCGCGCGGAGUGGAAGAUGGCCCAGCGGUCGAAGCGCCUGGCCCGGAAGCAGGGCGCGCCGGCCCCCGAGGCGGAGGCGGAUGAGCGGCGCCCGGGCGGCGAGCUGAGCCAGAAGGAUUCUUCUGGGGCAGUGGGCGCUGGGCCGCACGGGUUGCCCUCCUCGCUUGCAGCAGAGCCCGGCGCGUACCUCCAGGCAGGCCGUCCCGGAGCAGCUGCGCAGGCUGGCACUGCGGCCACAUGCGCCGCGACCCGGCUGGCGGCGACCACUUGGCGUACGCGCCGUUCCCCAGGGAGGUCGGGGGCGACGGCGGCCCCCGCCAGGGGGAGUCUGCGAUGCAGCCAGUGAAGGUGCAGCUUGGGGGGCACUGGCCACAGCCCAGAGCAGCGCACUCGACGCCAGGCUUCUCGCCCGAUGCGGGCUUCGUCGGGGGCGGCGUCCCAGCCGGUGCUGCAAGGCAGGGGCGGGUGUCGCCGCGGGCGUUCCCGAGGGCGCCGGACCUCGGCAGGGCCGCGCCGUCCGGCAGCCUGCAGAGGGCCCAGCAGCAGAUGCUGCCCAACAGCAGCGUCUUCGAGUACAGCCCCAGCCACACGGUCGUGCGCGUCGGCGAGGUGGUCGAGAUCCGGCCUCCCUUCGAGCUGGCCGUCUCCAACGCGAUCUUCGGCAUCUCCCCGCAGCUGCCUCUCGGCGUGUGCCUCGACUCGCACACGGGCCUCAUCCUCGGCAAGCCGCACGUGCAGACGGACGGGCCCGCGACCUACUUUGUGACGGCGUGCACGUCGGCAAGCAGGACGGGCGCCCCAGGGCGCGCGCCCCUCGACGUCUCCCUGCACAUCUCGCAGGUUCACCUCGAGGUGGUCGGCCCACAGGCGGCGCAGGCCGCGGCGCCUCGCCCGGCGGGCGUGGCCCCGGGCUUCGCCGGCAGGCGUGCGGCCGGGCCCUCGUCCCGCGGGCAGCCCGCCAAGGUCGCCACGGGCCGGCCGGGCACGGCGCACCUCGACUGGGACCCAGGGAUGAGCUCCGCAUGGGCGGCUGAGCCUGCGCACUGCAGGGGCCGGGGGCGCUGCCCAGCGCCUCGGGGGCCUCGCAUGAUCAACAGUCAUCUCGUGGAUUCAACCCCCUUCCGGCCUGGUGGCCGCAGUCCCUGACCCAGACAGGGGGUGGAGCAGAUCUCAGCUGGCCGUUUCUGGCCGCCUUCGCGUGGCCAGGCCACGUCACAGCGCGGAGGAGGAG